AUGUUGGGAGUAUUCAGGAAUGGAUUGGUGAGUCCACCAAAAGAGCUAAACAGCCCUGCAGCAACCAACCCUCCAGAUCAUCACAACCCACUUCAAACUUUCUUGUCUUAUCAUAAAAACAAAGCUUCCUCCAUGUCCUUUGGCAAUGAUGCUUCCUUGGCCUUUGCUCAUUCUUCUCACUCUCUUUUGGAUACACAAAGGUUGUUUAGUAGUGUGGAUGACAUCCACUGCCUAUUCUUGGGCAGUUUGAACAAUUUGUGCACCCUUAACAAGCAAUAUGGGCUCAACAAGGGAGCAAAUGAGUCCAUGUUUGUGAUCCAAGCCUACAAGACCCUUCGAGACCGUGGCCCAUACCCAGCCCAUUCGGUCCUAAAGGACCUCGAAGGUAGUUUUGGUUUUGUGGUCUUUGACUUCAAGGCUAAAACUGUCUUUAUUUCACUUGGUAAUGAUGGAAGAGUGAUGCUUUUUUGGGGGAUAGCUGCCGAUGGCUCUGUCGUAAUUUCUGACAAUUUGGAGGUUAUAAAGACUAGUUGUUCCAAAUCUUUUGCUCCCUUUCCAACUGGGUGCUUAUACCAUACAGGAGGAGAAUUGAAGAGCUUUGAGCAUCCAAAGAACAAAAUGAAAGCAAUCUCAAGGGUUGAUAGUGAGGGUGCAAUGUGUGGAGCCACUUUCAAGGUCGAUAUCUAUUCCAAGACCAAAAGCAUGCCAAGGGUUGGAAGUCAAGCUAAUUGGGCUUGGAGCCAAGAGGCUUGA